AUGAGCCUCAAAGCAUCGAUUAAGCGGCUGAGCGUCUUUACGUCUUGCGAUAUCGGAGAUGCCUUGGUAAAACUCAAGUAUCCCUACGGAGGAUUCCUCGAUGGCAUCCACAUGUGGUCCCCCGCACACCGCUCUGGGCCACACAGGACCAUCGGGCAAACCAUCACGGUCAAGAUGGUGACUAUGAGCGAUACCGAUGCUCCAAAGCCUGAGAGGCAUUUUGCCGACUGCAAUGAACCUGGAAAGAUUAUGUAUAUCCAGCAACCCAAGGGGCUUUACUCUGCCUGUUGGGGUGGUCUGAUGUCGACCCGAGCAAGCGCCUUGCGGGCUGGCGGAGCAGUCAUAGAUGGACGCAUUCGCGAUAUUAAUGAGCAUCGCGAGCUGGGAUUUCCAGUUUUUGCACGGGAUACCUCGACGUUAGGGUCCAAUACCUUUACUCGGGCGUCCGAAAUCAACGUUCCACUCCAGUUCAAGGACGAUCUAUGGAUUAAUCCCGGGGAUGUGCUUGUCGGAGAUGCUGAUGGAGUGGUCGUGGUGCCUACAUCAUUGAUGGAUCAAGUCAUUGAGCUGUGCAAGGAGCGUGCCGAGAUGGAUGCUCACACCCUAGAGGCAUUGCAGCGAGGAGAAGGCAUCGGAGAUGCGAUCAAAAAGUACCGAAAGUGA